AUGGCUGACGAGUACGGUGACUUGAAGCAGAUGUUGCAGCAGCAGUUGAAGCUGAUGGAGGCUCUGACCGUCAAGCUAUCCAAUUCAUCCAUGGGCCAAUCAAGCGCGGCUGGUGGUUCACAAUCUGUUGAUCACAUUGCCGGCAGCAUCACUGAAUUCCUGUAUGACCCGCAGGCCCAUAUCACCUUUGAGUCCUGGUACAAACGAUACGAGGACUUGUUUUCUGUCGAUCUGGCUGCCCAGGACGAUGCAUGGAAGGUUCGACUCCUACUUCGCAAACUGCGUCCGGCUGAACACGAGCGUUAUGCAAACUUCAUCCUCCCCAAGAAUCCCCGAGAGGUCGCUUUCAAGGACACGGUUGUGACGUUGUCGCAGAUUUUUGGUGAGCAAUCAUCCCUCUUCAACACUCGAUUUCAGUGUCUGCAACUGUGCAAACGAGAUUCCGAUGAUUUCAUCACAUAUGCGGGCAUUGUUAAUCGUGAAUGUGGGCGUUUCCAACUCGGUUCUCUCCCUGAAGACCAGUUUAAAUGCCUUAUAUUUAUCUGCGGCCUCCAGUCCCCCAAGGAUGCUGAUAUCCUGACACGUCUCCUGUCCAAAGUGCAGCAGAACAACUCUACCACACUCCAAGAGCUGGCAGCAGAGUGCCAAACGCUGAUCAAUCUCAAGCACGACUCUGCAAUGAUUCAGAACCCUGCCUCAUCUUUCUCAGUCCAUACGGUCACAUCGACCAGAUCGCAUCCUGUUACACGGCCCAAGCAAGUGUCCAAGUCGAGAUCUCCGCCAUCUCCUUGUCGGCACUGUGGCGCGUGGCAUUUCCACCGGGAUUGCACUUUCCGCCAGCACCGCUGCCAAAGCUGUAAUCAGGUGGGACACCGUGAUGGGUUCUGCAAAUCAGUACCAGCUUCUGGAGGCAAGCCAGCCCCCGCCACUCCUAAUUCCAGGCACCGCUUCCGGCCAAAACGCAAGCCCAAACCCCAGUCCGUUGGUAAUUCUCUGA